UUCGCUUCGGCUUUCGUAGCACGAAAACUUUCUAUAAAUUGCAUGCAAAUGCAGAUCUUAACAAAUCUCUUCCAGUCGCACUAUCUUACAUAACAACACUCUCUCACUCUUUCUUUUCUUCCGGUCAGUCAAUCCUUUCUCCAAAUAUCCCAAAAUUAUUUACUCAAAAUUUUAAUUUCAAUUUUCUAAAAAGAAAUCAAUAAUUUAAUUCACAAACUAUUUCUUUUGAAAAAUUAAAACGAAAAAAAAAAUCAAUAUCAAUAUCAACUCUCCCCUUAUAAAAAUUAGAAAAUCAAACCCAUCUCACAGUGCUACAAAACCCUUGAACUUCUUCCUCUCUCUCUGUCUCUCUCUUUCUUUCUCUCUUUUUCUUCAAAACUUUGUGCUAGAUUUUACGUCUCAACGAUGGUAGACGACGACCAUGGCAGUUACCAUAGUUGGGAGCGUCCUUCGUGGUUUAGACAAGUGGAUUUUCGGGAGACUACGCAGUCUCCGAGUGAUUUUGGUUCAAUUGAGAAUCAAACCCUAGAAGCGUUUUCCGGCCUAAAUGUGGGAUCCAAUAUCACCGAUCUACGGAGACUUUUGUUCCGGCAAUCCAAAAGAUCACCAUCCAUUGAAAAUGGUGGUGGUCUUGGUUAUGGCUUGGAGGGUGAUCCUGUCAAUUCAUUUCUAAGGAAUGGAAUGGCUCCCAGUAGUAGACCAAUUUUGAGUACGGGUUCGUUUUUCAGUACUACCAGUGAAAACUAUCCAAAUUCUGAUGUAAAUUCUAGUCCGUCGAAUCAAAUAGGAGUGAUUCCAUCUUCGAAUUCGAAUGAUUCGCUUUCGGAUGAUUCUUUUGGUUUUGAGAAUGGAACGGCGGUGGGCCAAUCACAAUUUCAUAUUUCGAGCUGGUUUAAUAUUCUGGGAAAUAGUCUUGUUUAUUGGAGGGAUGAGGAUGCAGUGGAAUUUGUGCGUGGCAGGGUGGCGUUUAUGUCUAAGGAUCAAUCUGAUUAUAAAAUAAUACAGGGGAUGUUGCAGAAUAGAAAGAAAUCCCUCAAUGUUAUUUUUUCUGAGGUUUUGGAAGACAUAUCCAACUUGGUGAUUGACCCUUUUGGGAAUUAUGUUGUUCAGAGUCUUGUGGCGCUUUGUAGCGAAGAACAGAGGACCAAGAUUCUUUAUGUGCUGACCGGGCUCAAGUAUCAAUUUUUUGGAGUUUGUAUAAACAUGCAUGGAACUCGCGUGGUACAGAAAUUGUUGGAUCAUCUCUCAUAUAAAUUUCAGAGGUUGACAUUUUUAAAAGCUAUAUACCCUUUUGUUGUUCAUUUGACUAAGUGCGCGAAUGGUUAUCAUGUUAUUCAGCAGUGCAUUAGAAAUUUUGAUUCUAAAGAAAAGGAGUGUCUUCUGACUCAAGUGCUUAAUCACUGUGUCGAAAUUGCCAUGGACAAAUUUGGGUGUUGUGUGCUGCAGUUUUGUGUUGAACACACAGAGGGGGAAAUCAUUUGGCGCCUGGUGGCUGAGAUACUAUUGAAAGCGUUACUCCUGGCAGAAGAUCGUUACGGAAACUACGUAGUUCAACAUCUACUGGGUCUGAAGAUACCAGUAGUUACUGAACAUAUCAUGCGUCAGCUUAAAGGGAGUUAUGUGUCCCUGUCACUAAGUAAGUAUGGCAGUAAUGUCGUGGAGAGGUGCUUGAAAGAGUGUGAAGAAACGCAAGCUAUGAAGGUGGUUAUGGAAAUGCUCCAAAAUCAAAAUAUUUCUAUGCUUUUUCUGGAUCCAUAUGGAAAUUAUGUGAUCCAAUCAGCGUUGUUGGUUUCUAAGGGUCAGGUCCGCAAGGCUCUAUUAAGUCUAAUCGACAAGCAUGCCAAUAAGAUGCGCUGCCACCAAUAUGGGAAGAAGAUACUGGAUUUAAUUGAGAAGAGGAAGCUGCGUAAUCAUAAUACAAAAAAUAUGUACAAUUAAUAUGCUAGAAUUUUAGUAAUUCUAGACGUUGUCGUUUUUCUCCAUUCAUUUGUGUCCUGUCCAUGUAUUCGUAGCUUUUCCUCAAGGCAUAUUACAUGUAUUAGCUUCUCUUGUGUAGUUUAUUUCUCUAGUGUUGUUUUUAAAGAAUUUUAGACGUUUUUUUUUUUUUUUGCUUUUGAAGCUGUAUUAUCAUAAAUAAAAAUAGG